CAACCAUCACCACCACCGCCACCCCACGCCGCCCUUUCUCUCGCCUCACGCCCCAGAAAACUGCCCCGCGAUAGUUGGUGCAGUCGCCUGGCCUGGCAUCCUCAGAGACAACUCCGCACUUGGUCCGCUCGUCAAUGGAGCCGAACAAUCGUUAAUUCUUGUGUUACUCAAGUGCUGCGGGGUUUCCGCACACUGAGGCACCGCAAAGGGGACGACGGCCUGUACGCACCCACCCACUCUUCAACCACGCCCAUAGACUGGUUCUAA